ACGUGAUUUCCCCCCUCACUUCCUGAUGGUGAAGGGGAGGGGGAAAGGGAACCAAGGACGCGCUUCCGGGACACGGAGCACGUGACCCUCCGGCAAACUGUAGACUUACGAAAGGCAAAACAGGGCAGGGGGGGGGGACGCGAAAGGGAUACUUAACUUCGGGUAGACUCUGGCUUUUGAGGAGUACACGCAGCCUGGUUCGUUUCGGACGUUGUUGGGGGCGCAGGGAAGGUUUUGGUAGCGGGGGAAAAGGGAGGAAGCGUGCAGUUGUGGAUCAGCAGCGCUUGCCUCGUUUCGCCCAUCCCAGGCAGGUCUGUGCAACCAGUCUUUGCUCUUUGUGAAACAUGCACAGGAUUGGAUGUUAGGCCUCAUCCUUCCCAAGAUGGCAGUGCCUGCAAGUGAAUACCGUAAAGUGUUUGGGGAUGCCCAGCUCCCAGGCGGGGCAGCACCAUAUGGGAACUUCCCCGAUUACUCUCGUUUCCACCCACCAGAGGGACGAAUCCAGCUCUUGCCCAGCGCAUUGCUGAGCAAGCUGUUCCCUAACCCACGUGCAAAGCCCCUUUUGGGGCUGGAUGUGGGGUGCAAUUCAGGGGAGCUCAGCAUCGCCCUCUACAGGCACCUCCUUGGGCUUCAGGAAAGCCAAGCCUGCCAGGAGCACCUGAAUGAACUUCGCCUUCUCUGCUGCGACAUUGACGCUGGGCUGAUCGAGAGAGCCAGCCAACAGAGCCCCUUCCCUGCCUCUAUUUCCUACGCCACCGUUGACAUCAUGGACCCCGACGCAAGGGAGACGCUGCUGAGCUCCUACCUGGGCAGGUUUGGCCGCUCCACGUUUGACAUUGCCUUCUGUAUGUCCGUGACCAUGUGGAUCCACCUCAAUCAUGGGGACUGUGGCCUUGUGACAUUCUUGUCUUACCUUGCGUCUAAAUGCGCAUACUUGCUCCUCGAGCCCCAGCCGUGGAAAUGCUACCGGUCGGCUGCCCGGCGCCUGCGGAAACUGGGCAGGCACGACUUUGACCACUUCCGGUCCCUCGCCAUCAACGGGAAUGUGGUUGAGAGGAUAACCGAGAUCUUGACCACCGACUGUGCCAUGGAACUGGUGUCUUUCUUUGGAAACACGAGUUGGGACAGGAGCCUCUUGCUAUUUAAAUCAAAAGAGGCUAAGCAUCUGGGGUGUGACUGAGGACUGAAUCAGUCUGGAGAGAAAAGGGGGGGUUCUGGGCAGGGUAAUUGCUAUCUACAGUUCUGGGACUGCACUGAAAAGUGGGGUAGAGAGGAGGGCUUCUCAAACCAUCGACACACACACCCCAGAGCCCACUGGAGAAGUAUGGAAAUUACGGAGGCACACCAGUUGCGAAAUGGCAGUGCAGGGUCAAAGCUGGUAACAAAACGGUGGUAGGUGGAGGCCCAUCCUAAUCAGGUGGCAAUUAGUGACAUCAUAGAUACAGCGAUGGUUUCCUUGUGGCAAGGAUACAGCUUGAAGAAAGCUGAGCUAUGAAACCCUAAGUACAGAUAUUGCUUCUGGCAGUAUCAUGACUCGGCCGCCCCAUUUUAGGCCAAAUUGAUGGAGAGAAUCUAAGAUGAGAGGUUCUAAAUUUGAUCUUAUAUGUUCUGCACGCACAUAGAUUCCCCUGUCAGUAUUUUUACUCAUCUUCUAUCAUUGCUUCCCCCCUUCUCCUUUCACGCUUUAACUUGCACUGUUCUCCUCCACAAGCUAUUUCUAUAAUUCCUCAUCAGCUGCUUUUAUAUUAACUUCUUCCUCCUAUACCCUGUUUCUCUGAAAAUAAGAUGUAGCCAUAAAAUAAGCCGUAGCAGGAUUUUUAAGUAUUCAAGGAAUAUAAGCCAUGCCCCGAAAAUAAGACAUACAGUGGUACCUCGACUUACAAACGACUCGACAACUGAAUUUUUCGACUUACGAAUGGGGGUAAUGGACGUGCACUUAUGAAUGUCUCGACAUCCGGGGAAAAACUGUGGUGGUUUUAGAUAGGGAUUUUUCGACUUACGAAUUUUUAGAUAGGGUUGCUUCAACUUAUGAAUUUUUCCGUUUCCAAUGCAUUCCUAUGGGAAAUCGCGUUUCCAAUGGUGUUUUUCGACUUACGAAUUUUUCGACUUACGAAGGUGCCUUCGUAACGGAUUAAAUUCGUGAGUCGAGGCAACACUGUAGUGAUAGGCGCAGCAGCAAUGCCGGCCGCAGGAGGAGGAGGAGGAAAAAAAAAUAAGACAUCCCCUGAAAAUAAGCCAUAGUGUGUUUUUUUGAGAAAAAUAAAUAAAAGACGGUGUCUUAUUUUCGGAGAAACACGGUACUACUUUUCUUACGUUCUUCCUUUCUAAUUAUUACUAUUGUUGUUAAAUUAACCUUUCAUCUCUCUCAAAUUUUCUCCAACACCUGCCCUGACCCUUUCCCUGUAGAGGAAGGAGACCUCUCUUUCCUCCUUCACGGACUUUCUCUUUUCUUCCAACCACCUUUAUUUAGCAUAUGGGGAUUUUUUGGUGAUGGCAUCAGUCGAACCAGAAGACGCAGCAUGGCAAGGGGAAGCAGUGGGCAAGUAUGGUGGUAUUAGCCGUACUUUCAGAAACGUACUUUGACUCAUACAAUUUGAGAAACACCAGGACAGCGGGCAGAGAAUUCAGAAGCCUGAAAAAUUAAAACGCUUAAAAAUACAUAAGUUGCCAAGUUAUCAGAGCUGGGAAAAGUGGUGUAGGUGUGUGUUGGCAAUAUUGAUGCAGUCUCAAAAAGCUAGAAAAGAAGGCUGAAGACAGGGUUUCAAUUGGUUAAUGCUAUUUUCCCUUUCUUAUGAUGAGCAGGAACAGUAUAAAAUGUUUGCAAGUGUACUUUGCUUAAUCAAGAUGGAUUCCAUGAUUCACCAUUGCCACCAAAUUUUGAUUAAAAUUUAUAAAACAAUAAAUUGGUUUUGUUUUAUUCCAUCGCACAUAAUGUAUGAACACAAACAAGGACAACAAACAGAAAACUAUAAUUAAAAAUAUCAGAAUUGACGUGGGGCACAUAUCCAUUCUCUUAAUUUGUCAACCAAAUUGGAAGAGGCAAGAAGAUUCCUUACAAUAAGAGGUCCACAUUUCCCUAUUGACCAUGCCAAAGAGUUCUGGAGGUUAGCUGGACUGAAAAAUGUCCAACCGUACAGUAUAAAAGUUCUGGUUCUCCUAAACCUUUGGAAAGCUUUAUAUUGUAGGUUAUAUUUUCCGUGAUCACCAAGUUCCAUAUUUCCAUGGAAAUAUUUUGAGACUUUGCUGAGAUUGGCCAAAGGGUGGUGGGGCUCCCUUUGUAGUUUUUCUGCCCCCAGAAGAAUGAGGAACGGUAGCUUGGGUUGCAGAGGGCUUUCUCUAGGGGCAGCCCCUAAAUUGUGGAACUCCCCAGGGAAAUGUGUCCGGCUUUUGCCACAUGCUGGAGACACACCUUUGGACAGUUCAGGUAUUUGUGUCCAUAGGAAGUAGGCAAAGGACAGGUAAAAGGAA